AUCUGCCCUGUGAUGGACAGGUGUCGUCCAGGGUGUAGCCCGCCUUGUGCCCAGUGCUUGCUGGGAUAGGCUCCGUCUCCCUCAUGGCCCCCAAUGGGAUGAAGAGGUUAGAAAACGGAUGGGUGGGUGGGUGGAUGUUCAGCAAGACGCUAGCGCUAGUCAGAACACCAGCCUUUGUAUUUACGAGGGUGAUACUUUUACCUAAAAUAAUUCACAUCUACUCCUCUUUUUCCAGCAAGGUGUUAUACUGGAUCAACUGAUAAAAGUAUUUACCCAAACCAGUCCCAGUGAGGAUCUGAACGCACGACUUUACCUUUUUCUUACUCACCGUUACACCACUCUCUCGUCCCGCCUUCGCCGAGCUCAGCUGCGGCUCUGAUGAAGUAAAGGGUUGGGCUGGAGCGAACACCAGCAGCUGCAGUGCGGGCUCCACCGGGACCAGGGAUAGGAGGGGGUCCAGCCUGGGACAGAAAGAGCAGGUUAGCGACGCUCCGUCAGGAACCUGAGGAAACGAGAGAGCGGUGUACAGCCAGGCCUCCGUGACACCGGCCAACCUGGGCCUUUCCCAGGGUGGCCGUGUUCUGAUGUAGCCAUCCGUUCUUAAGACUGGCUUUAGAAAGAACUAACUGCUUGCAAUACAAAGUCUCCCAGUAGUCGGCCUCUGAGGAACACAGCGUGAGAAAAUAGGCGUGGGGUCAACAGGUGUCAGGGACUGAGCUGGCCUGAAGUGCGCAGAGAGGGGCCAGUGUCUCCCCAAGGGCGGCACGUUCGUCUUUCCCUGUUCCUUGAGCUUUCCAUUGGCCAAAGCUCCUCCUCGCUCAGACGCUCGUCAAUCCCUGAACACGGUUCUAACUGGACCUCAGACCGCUCUGGAACAGGAGGCGGAAGGACAACACAUCGUUUCACCUGGCCAUCUGCAAAUGAGCAGCUCGUUAAUUAGCCCCAAGCCGUUAGCUCCGCCCACACCCAAGAGAGCCCAUGACGAGCCCUGAACCCAGCCCAGGGACGCACUCAGGACGGCACAGAGGGGAACUCGCAGGGACACAGACUGCGCCUCUGGACACGGGAGAGAACCUGAGCACCAGCGGCAGGCUCGCAGUAGAGGAAGGCUCCAGCAUCAUCUUUCUCCUUUUCUACACUGACAAAAGGGGGAGCAUCAGGGACCCGUUAUUUAGGGGGGAUUGGCCAGAACUCGAAAGGAUGCCUAAGACCACCGAGGACUCCCGGAGAUUCUUUGCUGUGGCUGAAGGAGGCGAGCCAGGUCACCAAACCAAGCUGUUUCUGUAGAGCCCCAGCGCCAGACUGCUUAUCUGGGACACUGGGUUUAGGGUGACUGGGGUUCAUGAGGGUUCAUGUGUUUCCUGAGUGUGUGUGUCUCUUGGGGAUAAGUUUUGAGUGUGUGCUGUCCUGAUGCAACAGAGGUCACGACUCUUGGCUGCAGAUGCAAGAGGAAUAAAACUUCACCUAUGUCGGAUAACUGUCUGAUGUGGUCUGUGGGUGUAGUGGCAGCUCUGGAAGAUAUCAAGAACCUGUUGCAGGGAAAAAAGUGUCCUACAACCUUAGAAAAUUCUAGGUGGUGUCGUUGGCUGCAAAGUUCAGAAGCAGCUCCUGCAUUUAGGGGUCACAGCCCUGACACAGCCCUAAGUUCUGCAUUAACAAUCUCUUCUUGUCUCUGUACACCUCCAGCACCAAAUACACAAAUAACUCUUAGUGUACACAUCUUACUGUAUGUCAAACACAAUGCCACUUUCCAUUGUCAUUAUUACCAAAACAUGCCUGUAGUGAUAAUUCUCCCUAAUGAAAAAUGUCUAAAAAACUCCCGUUCUAUGUAACUGUAUCGACAAGAAUUGCAGUCUGGAAGCGGAUGGACUGCAUGAAGAUGUUUGAGGUACCAAAUGCGAAAGCGAAAUAAGAACAGGAAGUGUGACUAUAUGGGGCUGUGGUUAGCUUCAUGGUUUUGCUAAGCAUGAUUUGUGUCGAUGACAUGUAGCGUAGCUGGAGGAAGAAAAACAGUAUGAAACUGGGGCUCGCAAGUGUACCUUGAACAGCUUUGCUGCUGAAACAUUUUCUAAAAUCAUUUCUAAAGGAGCAGCGAUUAAGGAGUGGCUUGAAGAACUAAUUUUAAAAAUCACAAAAGAUGGGGAGCAGCGAUGAAGAGCAGAUGCUGUGCCGGAAGCUCUCCCGGAUGCUCGGAAGAGGCCUUCCGAAGGACAAGCCCCUUGUUCCCAGGAAGCCCAGCACCAGAGUGUUCACCUGCAGUGCCCACGGCUCUGCCAUCCUCCAGGGGUUCGACCGGUUCCGCUCCUGCAGGAUGCUCUGCGACGUGGCUCUGGUGCCUGGGGAUGGAGAGGAACCCUUCCCAGUCCACCGAAUAAUCAUGGCUUCCUCCAGUGACUACUUCAAGGCCAUGUUCACAGGAGGAAUGAAGGAGCAGGAACUGAAGACCAUUAAGCUUCACGGGCUCAGCAGAGUAGGUCUGAAGAACAUCAUCGACUUCAUCUACACGGCCAGGGUGACCCUCCACAUGGACAACCUCCAGGACACCUUGGAGGCCGCGAGCUUCUUGCAGGUGAUGCCGGUUCUGGGCUUCUGCAAGGAGCUCCUCAGCAGCGAGGUCACCAUAGAAAACUGUGUGGAAGUGGGGCGAAUCGCGAGCGACUUCCACCUGGAGGAAGUGCAGGCCUACGUCAACGAAUUUGUGCAAAGGAACUUCUUGACCCUCGUGAAGUCCAGCAGGCACCUGCAGCUCUCUGAGGAGAGCAUGGCCUACGCGCUGGCCAGCGACAGCCUGAAGGGCCUGAGUGAGAUGGAGCUGUACCAUGCCGCCUGCGCCUGGCUCAAGCACGACGACGCCCGCAAGGCGCACACCUACAGCCUGAUGAGGAACGUCAGGUUCCCCCUCAUGAGCCCCAACGAGCUCCUGCAGAUCUCGCAGGGGGACGAGCUGCUGCGGGCCGACACGGACUGCGUCAGGCUCCUGCUGGAGGCCAGCAACUACCAGAUGAUGCCGUGCAUGCAGCCCAUCAUGCAGUCGGAGAGGACGCGCAUCCGCUCGGACGCCAGCCACCUGGUCACCCUUGGGGGGGUGAUGCGGCAGCAGCUGGUGGUCAGCAGGGAGCUGCGCCUGUACGACGAGGGCACCCAGUCCUGGAAGGCCCUCAUGCCUAUGGACGUGCCCAGGUACCAGCACGGGAUCGCCGUGAUUGGGAACUUCCUCUACAUCGUGGGUGGCCAGAGCAACUAUGACACCAAGGGCAAGACGGCGGUCGACAGCGUCUACAGGUACGACCCCCGUUUCAACAGGUGGCUGCAAGUUGCCCCCCUGAAUGAGAAGAGGACCUUCUUCCAUGUGAGCGCCCUGAAAGGCAAACUCUACGCUGUGGGGGGGAGGAACGCGACAGGAGAGAUAGCGAGCGUGGAAUGCUACGACCUCUGUAAAAACGAGUGGAGUUUUGUGUCACCAAUGGCAGAGCCACACUAUGGACACGCAGGAACGGUUCAUGGGGAGCUGAUGUACAUCUCAGGGGGCAUCACGCGCGACACCUUCCAGAAGGAGCUGACUUGCUACGACCCCGACACGGACAGCUGGAGCCGCCGAGCCGACAUGUCCACCAUCCGGGGGCUGCACUGCAUGUGCGCCAUCGAAGACCGGCUCUACGUCAUCGGGGGGAACCACUUCCGCGGCGCCAACGACUACGAAGACGUGCUGAGCUGCGAGUACUACGAGCCCGGCACGGACCAGUGGACGGCCAUGGCGCCCAUGCUGCGCGGGCAGAGCGACGUGGGCGUGGCGGUGUUCCGGGGCGAGAUCUACGUGGUCGGGGGCUACUCCUGGAACAGCCGCUGCAUGCUGGAGAUGGUCCAGUGCUACAGCCCCCAGAGGGACGAGUGGAGGAAGGUCUUCGACGUGCUGGAGCCCCUCGGGGGGAUCCGGGCCUGCUCCCUGACCGUCCACCCCCCAGAGGGCUCUGUCGAGUCGCAGAUACAGGAGUGUCCGCUCUCGCCCAAGAGCUGAGACCCCCGGGCACCCACGGGCACCCGCUGGGCUUGCUUCCAGAUCCACGAGAGAUCUCUCUCUCUCUCUCCACAGCCCAGACACCUCACCAGCCUCCUGCUGUUAAAUUGUCCGGACCGCUCCGAAUGUAGACUCCUGCUCUUCACGGCGUGCCCUAAACAAUUCAGCCCAGAGCUCGGCUUCUUGACAGGCGGAAAACUUGUUCAGGCCAGCAUGCAAAAGAGUAGUUCUCUCGGGAUGAAUGCAAAUAACCGUACUUGUAUUUGAAAGAGUCUAUUUUUCCAUUUCUUUUUUUGAGCAUGGAUAAUGCCAAGUCGUUAUCUUUUCUGUGUUUUCACAAUAAAAUACUGAUGACGAAGUA